UAGGAUUGGAAACGACUUUCUUUUGAUUUUGAAUUCAUUGCGUGGAAUAACAAUAGAUCCACUGACUGAACUCAAUAGGUUACCCAACUCUCAUUCGACUGAUCAUGUAUAAACUACAGUUGUUGCGUGUGUUUUUAAAUGAGCGUUUAACGGCGGCUGCUGUGGAGAUUUUCGGGGCAGUUGAGAAAACGGUAGUGGAGUAUCAGGAGGAGAAUGAUCGGCUACGGAGACUGCUGCGGAUCUCACCGAAGAUGCAAUUAUGUAGAAUAGACUCCCUGCAGCGCUCUGUCUCUGUGUCUGAAGAGGAGGUUCCCCCUGAGCAGCAGCACUGUGAGCAGGAGUGGAGCCCCAGUCUGGGGCAGGAGGACCCAGAGCCCACACAGAUUAAAGGGAAACAGGAGGAACUCAGGACCAGUCAGGAGGAAGAGCAGCUUCAAGGGAUGGAGGCUGAUACCAUAGAGUUCAUAUUCACUCCUUCCUGUGUGAAAAGUGAAUGUGAUCUGGAGGACCCACUUCGGUCCUUGACUCUUCCCCAAACCCAGACUGUGGAGAACAGAGAGAGUGACUCUAAACCAUUGGAUCCCACACCUUUUGGCACUGGGACCCACAUUAAGGGUCUUUACAUUCCCUGUGACCCGCCAUAUAAUCAAAACAAUGCCUCCAGCCACAGCUCAGCCGUAAGCAGCGACCCAGUAGGACUUGACAGCAGCCCACUAUUGGAUCCCAGCCCACCAUUGGAUCCAAACACGUCAAUGGGGGAACACUGUUCCACACCCAGCACCACGUCUAGAAAAACUCACCACUGCCGUGACUGUGGUGAAACGUUUCCUCUGAAAGCUGACCUGCAGAGGCAUUUGACUCUUGCCAAGAAGAGACUCAGCGAAUGUCACUUCUCCAAUAAACAGUACAAUUCCACCUGUAAACUGCAGGCCCAUAUCCAACUCUGUCACAUGGAGAAAUCUUGCACAUGCCCUGUUUGUGGCAAGACCAUCAAACACAAAGGAGAUCUGUCCAGGCACAUGGUUAUUCACACAGGAGAGAAACCAUUUAGCUGUGGUGACUGUGGGAAAAGCUUCUAUCAGAAGGGGCACCUUACAGAUCAUAUACGGACUCACACAGGAGAGAAACCUUUUAGCUGUGGUGACUGUGGGAAAAUCUUCAAUUUGAAGGGGAACCUAAUGAAGCAUAAACUGACUCACACAGGAGAGAAACCAUUUAGCUGUGGUGACUGUGGGAGAAGCUUCAGUCUCAAUAUGAACUUAAGCAGGCAUAAACUGACUCACACAGGAGAGAAACCAUUUAGCUGUGGUGACUGUGGGAAAAGCUUCACUCAAAAGUCUAACCUGUUGAUGCAUGUGAAAAACAUCCACAAAGGAAGAAAACAGGUUGAGAACUGAAAGAAGAAAGUUAGGACAAAGAUCUUCUGUCAGGAGAUGGGAAUAACAGGCAGGAUGUGGACAACACUCUUAGGUAGGGCUGGUAUUUUUUUUUUUUAUGGACAGUAUUUGACAGUACUUUAUGUUUUUUAAUAAUAAAUGUUCUAAAUUUGUUUUGAGUAGUGCGUGACCCUAGGGUGGCAACACAUACAUUCUAAGUGAUUUCAAUGGGUCUCUCUCCAUUCUGAUUGUUUUAUACUGUUCAAUUCAACUUCAACCCCCCCCAAAAAUUCAGCGUUUUCAUCAAUAUAUGCAUUUCCUGCACCAAUUUGCUAUCAUUUCCACACUGCCACGUAGGGCUGUACGAUCUGGGCAAACAGUCUAGGCCUUUUUUUUAAACUAAUCGUUGCAAUUGGGAUUAAUUCUAUAGUUAGAAUAUAAUAGUGGGCACUUUGAAUACAGAGUUGUGUGACAUGACCAGAAUGAAAAUGUCAGGGAGGGGUUAUUGUGACAGGGUAGGAACCAAAGUGUGGAUAAGUGUUUUCUAGGGGACCCUAUAAUCUUUGGCUACAUUUAAUGUUUUCUCUUAGGUACUUCAUGUAGCUAACAUUCAUGCUUCGCUUAUUCCUUUUUGAUUUAGAAGAUACUGUUGCAAAAAACAUGCUGUGUGUUGGGGUCGGGGAACAACAAAUGCGCUUCUUGAGUAACAGGGGGCGGGGCUAGGUCUGUGUGGACAGCGGCAUGGAGAGAGAGAGAGAGCAGACUCAAGUAGGGAAGUAAACUAUGAAAAUGGACAUUAUCACAUUUAACAAACCAAACAUUCAAAUACCGUCAAUACCGGUAUAUCGUAAAAUACGGCAUACGCCCAGCCCUACUCUUAGGAAAGCAAAGCAACUCUGGAUCAUGCAUACUCUCUGCUUCAGAUAAAUAGAUGUGUGAUUAAUUUACUUUUGUAAAACAUUCUAUUGGAAUAAAGUUUGAUUUGAAUAA